AUGUCAUUGUUGAAUCAAACUGACACUUCUGUCCAGGAGUUUAUUAUUGUUGGAUUUCCUACUUUCCAGGACUCUGAGAGCAGAAACAUCCUGUUUUCCAUCUUCCUAGCUGUUUAUUCCCUUAUUCUACUUGGGAACGUGCUGCUCAUUGUUGUCUUUAUAAUGGAUAAAGGACUGCACAUCCCGAUGUACAUGUUAAUUUGCAGCCUGGCCCUUGUGGACUUAAUAAUAUCUACCACCACGAUUCCGAAAAUGCUCCUUGUUUUUAGCUUCAAAUCAACAGUCAUCUCUGUCUCCAUGUGUCUCACCCAAAUGGGUUUCUACCACACUAUGAUCGCCACAGAAUCUCUUCUUCUUGGACUCAUGGCUUACGACAGGUAUUUAGCCAUCUGUAAGCCGUUACAUUAUUUUACACUCAUGAGCAAUGUGGUUGUGUUACAGAAGAUCAGUUGCUGCUGGGUGCUCGGGUUCCUUGUAGCAAUUGUUUCGGUCAUCUUGGCUCUGAAGCUUCCCUUCUGUGGACCAAAUAAGUUGAUCCACUGUUUCUGCGAUCAUUCAGCCGUAUUGAAACUGGCAUGCACGGAGACAAUUCUCAACAGUUAUGUGAGCCUAGCGAUAGCUUUAUCUGUGCUCUUCAUUCCACUGAGCUUUAUUUUGUUUUCCUAUGCGAUGAUCAUAAGGUCGGUGCUCAAUAUCGUCAGCUCUGAAGGACGUUUAAAGGCAUUUUCCACUUGUGGUACACACCUAUUGAUCAUUCUAGUUUUCUUUGUCAUUGCAGCUGGAGUCUACAUCUCUAACCGGGUCCCCGGUACUUCUAUAGAUAUGCGAAUCAUGGCAGCUCUGAUUCAGAAUGUGACUCCGCCACUGAUGAAUCCAAUAAUUUAUUGCCUGAGAACAAAAGAGAUCAGGGAGAGUUUUGUAAAAACUUUAAAACGAUGUAAAAUAUUACCAGACAGACGUUCACAAUAA